UCCGCUGCAAACACGGUAUAUAUUCUACUUUUAAAAACACUUAAUAACUAUAAAUGAAUCAGCUGCCUGCCCUGCUAACUUUGUUUGGACACGGGUUCACUAACCUUAAGUGCACAGCGGGCAAAGGUAGCCGUUUGGGGUCAUUAACGCCGCACACAUCCAUGGCCCUUAUAGCAGCUCCUGUGCAAAGGCGCUUUAGAGAGCUUUGGAGAGAAUAAUGGCAAGGGUUUUGGUGGCUGUCACCUGCGUGCUGUCCUUGUCACUGGUCUUUGGGCUGGAGCUUAGGGGCCUUUAUGGCAGACUGACGUCACCCGGCUUCCCCCAUACCUACCCAGAUCACCAGCACGUGCGGUGGAACAUCUCUGUCCCCGAGGGCCAUCGGGUCCGGCUGUAUUUCACACACUUCAGCUUGGAGCACUCUGAAUUGUGCGAGUAUGACUAUGUCCAGGUGCUCUCUGAAGGCAAUGAGACGCUGAGAUUUUGUGGACAGACGGAGAAGGAUCAUGAGGAAACUCCGGGCGGUACGGUGCUGUACUCCGCUGGAAACGCCAUGUUUGUUGUCUUCAGAAGCGACUACUCCAACGAGGGCCGUUUUACCGGCUUUCAAGCAUUUUACGCGGCGGAAGAUAUUGACGAGUGCCAGAGCGGUUUGGACGGGGAGCCAGCGUGUGCCCAUUAUUGCCACAAUUACGUGGGUGGCCAUUACUGCACUUGUCGCUCGGGGUAUUUGCUUCAUUCCGACAAAAGAGCCUGCACCGUGCCAUGCAGUGGGCAGGUUCUGACCCGCAGAUCUGGAGUUCUGACCAGUCCUGGCUACCCAGAGCCAUAUCCUGGGAUGAGCCAGUGCCACUUCCAGAUCCAGCUGGAGGAGGGGUUCCGGCUGGUGCUGGAGUUCCUGGAGCCCUUCGACGUGGAGGCCCACCCGGAUGUUUCCUGCCCUUACGACAUUCUAAAGAUUCAGACUGAGAUGCGCGAGUACGGCCCAUUCUGCGGGAGCACCCCCCCAGCGAGAAUAAAGACAGGAACUCAUCAGGUACACGUGGUCUUCAGGGCUGAUGCCACUGGCAGGAACAAGGGAUGGAAGAUCAGGUACACCAGCACAGCUACACCCUGUCCAUACCCUGUUCCACCCCCCCACGGACGCAUCCAGCCUCGACAGACCUUGUACAUGUUCACGGACAGUUUCAACGUGACGUGCAAACGAGGAUACAAAUUGUUCCAGGGGACAAAAAAUCUGACAUCUUACCAAGCCGUGUGUCAGAGUGAUGGGACCUGGAACAGCUCGAUGCCUGAAUGUCACCCCGUUGAUUGUGGACAACCAGAGGGGAUCCCACUUGGAGAGGUUUCAGUAACCACAACCACUUACCAGUCAUCUAUCCAGUACACCUGUGCGCCUUCCUUUAACUUGAGAGGCAGCCAGAAUGGAACUUACUUCUGUGCACAAGAUGGCUACUGGAGGAACAGCCUGGGGAGCUGGGAGCUUCCGGAGUGUGGCCCCUGUCCAUGACUUGAGGGGCCCUUCCGGAGUGUGGCCCCUGUCCAUGACUUGGGGGCCCUUCCGGAGUGUGGCCCCUGUCCAUGACUUGGGGGCCCUUCCGGAGUGUGGCCCCUGUCCAUGACCUCACGUGACUCUGACCUUUUAGCUGCCCUCAGUCUAUCCUGCUGCUUAGACAGACAUCAUGAAAUAUGUCAUAUAAUUAAUAUUUUCUACUGAAACCUGGACAGAGAAAUGGGCAGGUCAAGUAUGUCUUCUGAUCUUCAGGAUCAGAUCCCAGAAGCUACCAGAUUCACUACAUGUAUGAUAAACACAUGGCACCUGCUUCCCACCACCCCGACCCCCCUGACUCGCUCAUGCCAGAUUAAUCGUUUCUGACUCUUUAUUAGUGCCUGUAGGCACACCCGUCCCCGGCGCGGCACACGCUCGCCCG